AUGGCCUCUUCGCCGUCGUCGCAGCCGCGGGUGUGCGUCACCGGAGCCGGCGGGUACAUCGCCUCGUGGCUCGUCAAGCUGCUCCUCGCCCGCGGCUACGCCGUGCACGCCACCGUCCGCGACCCAUGUGAUCCAAAGAAUGCAUGUCUCAAACAACUAGACAAGGCCCUGGAAAAUCUCCGUUUGUUCAAGGCAGACAUGCUUGACUACGACGCAGUGGCAACUGCGUUUGUCGGGUGCGAUGGUGUCUUCCAUCUUGCCUCUCCAGUGCCCAUAGACAAGAUGGUCGAUAAAGAGGCAAGCAAUGAAAUACAUUCACUUGAGGCUGGUUGGCUGAUUUUCAAUCUUACAAUUCUAGAUAAAAACAUUCAUUCUAAAAAGCUGCAUGGUCUUGUUAGACGGGGCACUCUGUCAAAAUGUGUAUAUUCCUUAUGUCAAGUAAACGACAAAACGAUGCACAAAUUAUGGGUAAAAAUAAGGAGGGUGAAAGAGAUGAUGGCUCCUACUGUUAAUGGCACCAUGAAUGUGCUUAAGGCUUGCUCUGCUAUGAGCGUUCAAAAACUUAUUGUGGUUUCAUCCGGCGCUGCUAUUACUUUGAACCCAAAUUGGCCUCUAGAUAAACUGAAAGAUGAGGAUUGCUGGUCAGACAAAGAGUUCUGCAAGGAAAAUGAGAUCUGGUAUGCCCUUGCCAAGACGGAAGCUGAAGAGAUGGCCCUGGAAUACGCAGAGAGAAAUGGAUUACAUGUCAUUACAUUUUGCUCCGGUGCGGUCUUUGGCCCACUGUUGCAGGCUGAUGUGCUCAAUAUUACCACCAAAUACCUCCGCUAUAUCAUAAAAGGAGGUCCUGACACAAUAAAUAACAAAUUCUGGCCCAUAGUAGACGUCCGUGAUGUUGCUGAUGCACUACUGCUGUUAUACAACAAGGCAGGACCAUAUCAGAGGUACAUAUGUUCAGAGCACCAAAUUGACAUAAAAUAUUUGGUGGAUUUGAUGAAGAGCAUGUACCCCAGCUAUAACUAUGCAGACAAAUUUUCACCACUUUUUUUGUUUAGACUGGUUGAUGUGGAUUAUAAGCUUGGGAUGAAUUCAGAUAAACUUAAGAAUCUAGGAUGGAAACCGAGGAAGUUGGAGGAGACACUCGCAGAUAGCGUCGAGUCAUACGAGAAAUCAGGAAUCCUUAAUGCGGAGGAGGAACCUUGUCGUGUUCCGUAUUUCUACCGUAUGCCACAUGUCCUGGAGUGA